AUGCAGCCGAACCCGAGAUGUCUAGACUCUGAGCAUCACACAGCAACUACCUCCGUCCUUCACGAAGGCAAGGAACACAACGAUGAAGAACAGGAUACAAACAACUGUUGGUCACCACCAUUGCCAUUGAUGGGUACAGACGAGUUCAUGCAGGAGAACUAUAACUAAUGGUGGUGCGAGGCCUACAGCAAUCAGGCGUUGUUGUUUGCUACGCACGGACAUUUGGGGGAAGCCGAGAACAUGUUCGUCAAGCAGAAGAGACCUUCCGACAGUUCGAGUUCAUAUCAUGACAUCUCCAAUAAUCUAGCUGAAAAUAUCACGCAUCCCAUUUUUUUUGUUUUGCUUGUAUGGAAACAACUACCGAAUGAUAUUCAGCCGAAUUUUCUUCGUACUUCCUUUUUUAUUUUUAUUUGUUUUACUUUAUUUUUUACUCGGAGCUGCAAAAUCG